AUGGCUGGGAGCAACAAGAUUAACAAGAGUAACAAGAGUAACAAGAGUAACAAGAGUAACAAGAGUAACAAGAGUAACAAGAGUAACAAGAUUAACAGGAGCAACAAGAUUAACAAGAGUAACAAGAGUAACAAGAGUAACAAGAGUAACAAGAGUAACAAGAGUAACAAGAGUAACAAGAGUAACAAGAGUAACAAGAGUAACAAGAGUAGCGAGAGUAACAGGAGUAACAGAGCAAUAAGAGUAACAAGAGCAAGAAGAAGUAAUAAGAGCAAUAAGAGUAAGAAGAGUAACAAGGGCAAGAAGAGUAAUAAGAGUAACAAGAGUAAUAAGAGCAAUAAGAGUAAGAAGAGUAACAAGAGCGACCAACAAUGCACAUCCGAAAAUCUCCGUGACCCAUUGGAACAAUAA